AAUCAUCAUCAAAUAAAAGAAGAAGUGGUGUGUGUAUGCUGGAGUACGCUGUAUAUUUAGUUUCAGGGAGGUUAUUUGAAUACGUGUAAUUAGUUUUUAUAUUAAGAUUGUGCUCUUAUGUGUCGCUGCGGGUGGAAACAGUGAAGGAUGACCUCAGUCAGUCACCGGCUCUUCACCGCCUGGAAGCUGAGGCGAACUCUGACCUCUGGACGCUUACUUUCUCCUCAGAGACACUGGACAUUCACAGGAUGGCCGUUUGUUUUGGCUGCUGGUAAGAAAUACCAGAUUGACCUGCCAGUUGUACAUGAGGAAGAGCUUGAGGAGCAGUUUGUUCGGGGAUCUGGACCUGGAGGACAAGCCACCAACAAAACCAGCAACUGCGUCGUGCUGAAACACAUUCCCACAGGGAUCGUCGUGAAGUGUCACGAGACCAGAUCGGUGGAUCUGAACAGAAAACGAGCGCGAGAGAUUUUACGUGAGAAACUGGACGUCUUCAAGGGUGAAGAAAGUGAACUGCUGAAGAUGAAAAGAGAAUCCAUACAAAGAAAGCAGGACAAACGGAGGAAAGUGAAUGAAAACAUGGAGAAAAAAAGACGAUUCAAGGAGAGGCUCUGCUCCGAAGAAGAAGAAGAGAAACACUGAGAUUCAUUCAUUACAGAAGAUGAGCUGCACAUGAUUCAACCUUUGUUUUCUUUUUAACACUUUAACAGUGUCAUCUGUACAUUGAGAAACGGGCUUUUAUCCUGAUUCGGGAGCUGAUCCAGCGCUGGACUAAACUAUAUCAACUAAACUAGUGGAAAUGUUUCAGCUCGUGAGAGAAUUAAUCUUUUGUCCCUGUUCAGUUUCUGUCAGACAGCAGCUUGAGUACACAACAUCUGUCAAACUGGUUAAUAAACAGAUGCAGACAGCCCCUAAAGAUUCAUACAGUCUUUAUAUAUAUAUAUAUGUACCUGCAGUGAACAUCAGUGAGUUUCAUCAUCGUAUGUACAGGAAUCACCUCACAUCUGCUUCAUCAAGGAGGGUUUAAUUUGCUUGAUAUUUUUUUAAUCAUCCAACAUUAUCCUCAUCAUGUGAUAAUAUCAUAAGUGUGUUUUAAUGAUGUGUAAGCUGACAUUAUUAAAUAUAUAUAUAUAUAUAUAAAAAUGAUGGCAAGUGAUGGAUGGAUUUUGUUGAUGAAGUAUUUGACAUUUGAUAUUCAACAGUGUUUCGAUCUCCUGCAUUGACACCACUGUAUCUGAGCUGAGCUGGAUGAUGACAUCACUGUUCACUCCAGUGCUGAUGCAGAUAAAUUAACUAAAUUAAUAACUAUUGAUUCUGGAAUGAAUCAAUACUGAAUUUACUUAAGAUGGAUAAUGACACCAUUUUCUUUAAGAGCUGCUGUGCAGCCAAAAUUAUAUACAGUUAUCACUGUAAAGCUGCUUUGACACAAUCUGCGUUGUUAAAAGAGCUAUAGAAAUAAAGGUGACUUGACUUGGUAACAGCC